UGGAAUACAAUGUGGGAAAAUGCAACUCUAGACCAGUGGAGCUCAAACUCUGUGAUACAUCAGAAUCACAUGGAGGCUUGUUGGAACAGAUUGCUAAACCCUACCACAGAGAUUAUGAUUCAGUGGUUUCUGGUGAGCAGUGCCCCCCCGCAGCCCCCUCAGCCCGUCGCCCCACCCAAGCCUGUGCAAUGCGUCCAUCAUGUCUCCACGCAACCCAGCUGCCCAGGACGGGGCAAGAUGUCCAAGCUGCUGAACCCAGAGGAGAUGACCUCGAGAGAUUAUUACUUCGACUCCUACGCUCACUUUGGGAUCCACGAGGAAAUGCUGAAGGAUGAGGUGCGGACACUCACCUACCGGAACUCCAUGUAUCACAACAAGCAUGUGUUCAAGGACAAAGUGGUGCUGGACGUUGGGAGUGGUACCGGGAUCCUUUCCAUGUUUGCUGCCAAAGCAGGGGCCAAGAAGGUGUUUGGGAUUGAAUGUUCCAGUAUUUCUGACUACUCAGAGAAGAUCAUUAAGGCCAACCACUUGGACAACAUCAUCACCAUAUUUAAGGGUAAAGUGGAAGAGGUGGAGCUGCCUGUGGAGAAGGUAGACAUCAUCAUCAGCGAGUGGAUGGGCUACUGUCUGUUCUAUGAGUCAAUGCUCAACACGGUGAUCUUUGCCAGGGACAAGUGGCUGAAACCUGGAGGGCUUAUGUUUCCAGACCGGGCAGCAUUGUACGUGGUAGCAAUUGAAGACCGACAGUACAAGGACUUCAAAAUCCACUGGUGGGAGAAUGUCUAUGGCUUUGAUAUGACCUGUAUCCGGGAUGUUGCCAUGAAGGAGCCCCUGGUGGACAUCGUGGAUCCAAAGCAAGUGGUGACCAAUGCCUGUUUAAUAAAGGAAGUGGACAUUUACACGGUGAAGACGGAAGAGCUGUCAUUCACAUCUGCCUUCUGCCUGCAGAUACAGCGAAAUGACUACAUCCACGCCCUGGUCACCUAUUUUAAUAUUGAAUUUACCAAGUGCCACAAGAAAAUGGGGUUUUCCACAGUCUUCUCAUUUUUAGCUCUGGUCCCAAGCAAAGAGGAAAUCAGUAUUAAUGAGUCCUACAUCCAGGUGGAGGAAGCCCCCGAUGCCCCCUACACCCACUGGAAGCAGACUGUCUUCUACUUGGAAGAUUACCUCACUGUCCGGAGAGGGGAAGAAAUCUAUGGGACCAUAUCCAUGAAGCCAAAUGCCAAAAAUGUGCGAGACCUCGAUUUCACGGUAGAUUUGGAUUUUAAGGGACAGCUGUGUGAAACAUCUGUAUCUAAUGACUACAAAAUGCGUUAGCAUACGUGGGAGGCUGCAGACAGCGAGCAAGAAGAGAAACUCUUACCUCGAUCUGCGGCUCUGUAACAAGGAACACCAUUUGCAGGACUACACUCUCGAAAACCAGAGUUUUUAAAUUCUGCCUUGAAGAUUGGUGAACUCACCAGGGCUCCCGUGGGCCACUGGACAGAGAGCUUCCAGUUCCUCGGCUCUGCUCUGGGAGCCCUUCACAGAGGCUUUGCUGUCGCCGACAAAGAGCAACCUCCCGUGCUGUGGCUGGGGCCCCCAAGGAUGGAAAAGUAUACACGUAUACCCAUUUGUCCUCCUUAACUGUGAAUCUCUGGAACUUCCAAGUUUUGCAUGCUGCAGGCAUCUAGGACAGAUUGCUUCACUAGAACCUGGAGACAUAGUGUCUUUGAUAGCAUAAGCCAGAUUACCUGUCUGUGCGGUGGUGUGCGUGUGUGCGUGUGUGUGCGUGUGCGUGUACAGCAUAUACAUUAGUUUAUUUACCCACACCUGUAUAUGCAUGCAUAUACAACCACGUGGGUAUAUUUCUGUGUUCAUUCUGGGUGUGUGUGUGUGUGUAUGUGUGUGUGUGUGUGUGUGUGUGUGUGCGCGUAGACUAUAUAUUACUCUCAGAGGAGAUUCUGUUGCUUUCGAAUAGGAAUUUGUUUUGUGAUUAGUUCUCCCCACUUCCCAUCCCUUACAGAUGUUAAGCAGCUAUGAAACGUUCUCUGUACUAGCUCUGGUCUUCUUUUGACUAGACUGUGGCUCUGAACCCUGAGCACAGUACCACGCACUCUGUUGGCACUCAAUAAAUGCACAUGAG